CAGCCCCAGGGCCUGGCCCCCUGGGCAGUGUGUCCAGGGUGAGCCAUGGCCACCAGUGUGGAGUGGAGCCAGCCCGGAUCUGCACAGCGCAUACUUCCUGCUCCUGGCCAGGUGAGCAUUUCUGCCUACCUACUGCUGGGCUUGAACCACUCCUGUGUACCCCUUGGGCCAGGGCCUAUGAGUGGAGCUCACUGGAUCUUGGGGCAUGAGCAGUGUCCGUAGGCCCCUUCUCAGUGGGACCAGGACCAUGAUGUCUGUGGCCCUCAGUGCCCUGCUGGCUUUGAGUGUUGGUGCCCAAAGUGCCUGGGAUGCAGGACAGCAGUCACCUCCUGGCCAGCUGUGUGAGUCUGGCUUAUGGGACAGGAGUGUAGAUCCAUCUUCUGCUCUAAGGACCCUGCUAGAAAAUAUGUCAGGGGCUAGGUUUGUAGCUUCCAAAGGGUCAAGGCUGAACCUUUAUGAGUGUGGCUACCUAUCUGGCUGGUCCUUGCCCAGUGCCUCAGCCCUGGUCAGCUCCCUGGGCAAUUCUGGGAGCCUAGGAAGGGCAGCCUGAGUCUGGAGGACAGAGCCAGGGGACCAGUAGCUUGCUGCAUUAGGACUCCCUGCUCUGAAGCUCUACAGGCCCCAUGGUGGACAGACGGGGUGACCGCGCUCUCGCAGGUGCUCUGUGUGUCAGCAUAUGAAAGUACCUGGCUCUGUCAAUUGCUGGCCUGGGCAGCAGCCCAGGAAUACUGGGAACAAUGCUACUAGGCCCUGGGUUGUCUGGCUCAGGCAGGGACCCCCUUGGGCAGCACCACCUAUGUGCAGAUGCUGGCUGUGACCAAAGUAGGGCCUUGUGGGAUUUAGGCUAGGCAGGGAUAUGGCUGUGGGUAGUGGUCUUGUGGUAUUCAGGCCCUAAACCUAACCUUAACCCUAACCCUAACCCUAACCCUAACCCUAACCCUAACCCUAACCCUAGCCCUAACCUGCCUGGAGCAGCCUCAGCAGGACAGACUCCGAGGACAUGAGCCACUUAGCCUGUCUUCUUCCAAUGGAAGCCUGCCCAGUAUCCAUCUGGGGGUCUCCAUAGCAUUCUGGGGGACCUGCAGGUGCUUCGAGCUGCUGUGGAGGAGCACAGGUGGGCAUGGGUGGAGGCUUUGGGUGGUGGGUGAGCAGAGGCAAAGAUAGGGGACCUGGGUUUCGUGCAGUCCAGCCCCUGCAGGCUCUGCAGCCUGAUGGGCGGUCAGCAGGCACCAUGGCAAGGGCUAAUGGAGUUGGCAUCAAUUUCCCGGCUUAGGGGGGCUGUAACCGGAAACUCCCCUCCCUGGCUGCUAUAUUUAGCACUGCAGGACACCAGCGGAAGCACAGUUCACUUCUGAACCCAGCUAGCUUUGACUCAAUCCUAGCUGUCUUUUCCCCAGCCUGGUCCAUAGGAGGGGCCUGCAAGUCUGCAGCCCUGGGUCAGGCCCCCCUCUGCCUGUCAUGCUAUGCAAGCUGAGCUCACUCACAGCACAAGGACCCCCAUCAGACAAUGGCAGAGCUAGGAGUCUGAGGGGUUCUAUGCCCAGGGGGCUUCAGCGUAAAGGUGAGGACUUUGUAGAACAGGCAUUCAUCCCAGCCCAGCAAGGAAGGGGGCUGGGUAGCCCUACACCCUGACCCUAGCAAGGCGAAACACGGAGCUGUGGAGCUUGUGGUGCCCACUGCUGUCCUGGAAAGCCCUGCAGGUCACAUGGUCCCUGGCCUGAGGACACCAGAGAGACCUACAGAAGGGAAGGGUCCCAUCUGAUACCUGGCUCUUCCCCGUGAGUAGGUUGGCCACCUUCCAGGCCUUGGAGUUGCCCCUGGACAGAUCUGAUUUAGGCUGUGCCUCCCAGGAGGCCUGGGGCAGGGUACUAAAGGGGCAGGUGGCACCCUUCGCAGAAUGGGAAUUGACCCCUUAUGCUGUUUUGGGCACAAGGACCAGGUUUCAUUCCCAGAGGGUUGGGAGGGAGUUGGGAGGGGUCAGUGUACUGCUGGCCAGCUUGUGUGUGAGAUAGGAGAAGCAUUCUUCACAGAGGGUUGCGUAUUUGUGUGUGGUGAUGGCUCCAAGCAGGAGCCAUCUGCGUGAGCUCACCAGCAGUAGGAAUCUGGGGGUAGGCACAGGAGGGCUAGGAGCUGCCUGAACUCUGUCACCUACACACUGAUAUCCCCCUCCUCAGCGCUGCACACCAGGCCUCUCUCCACUGCCCUUCACCCCAGGCUUCCUUCACCCCAGGGCCUUGGCACAUGCUGUUCUAACUCCUCACCUUGGCCACCCUUGGGGGCCCAUCAGACUCCUACUGUCUGUUUUGCUUGCCUGCCUCUGCCUUAAGGCUUCUGGUCUGUAUUGCUAAGUUCCCAUCUGCCCUGGACAAAAAGGCUUUCGGGGCAGUACCCGUUUUGUUCACUGCUGAGUUGAGUGCCUGGCAGGAUCACCCAGGGCCUCUCUCUCCUUGAGAUCCUCCAUCUUCAGGCCAGAGUGUGGAGGGGCUUUGUUCCUAGGGAGCCCCCAUUUUAUGACGCAUAGGAGUUGUGAACUGCACAGUUAUGGGGGUAGGCGGUCUCUGUGUGAGACACCCCUCAGCCCACCCAGGAAAUUCAGCUAGUGGGAAUUUAGGGCAGAGCCAGCAGUUUGGGUCUCAGGGAAUCUGGCCCACCCCUUCAGGGCUUCCUGUGCCCCAAAGCCUGGUCCUGCCAGCAGGGUAUGUGUGCAGGGCGUUCUCAGGGUCUCAGUGGCCAAUGCAGGGAGCCAGACAGGUUCAAGAUUCUGAUUCUGACUGUACUGUGUACACUGAGUGCAGGGUGGGGCAGAUGGGGAGCUCAUCUACUAGGAAGGGGUGCCUCAGCCAGUAGGAGGACUUCUGACCCCCCCAAGGCAGUGCUGGCCCUGGAUGAGGCCCUGCCCAGUGCAGGUCAGCAGGCUAGAGAAAGCAGCCCUUGGUGUUGACCCUGUCAAGGAGCAGCAAGGUCACCAGGGAGAUGGCAAGGACAUAGUAGCUGAGUGGGACUGGGCAGCCUGAGGAUCCUCUUGGGGCAAACCGCUAGAUGCGCACAUCUGGCCUUCCUCUGUAUUUCCUAUGUCUUGAUCGUGGUGUCUGGCCCGGGCGUUCCUCGAGGGCAUGGCCUGGCAAACAGUCCAACCCAGAAGUAUGUGUGGACCGGCUGCUCUUCACAUCUCUGAAGGGAGGGCCCACGUCGAAGGCAGCAGCGCCCCCUUCAGCGAGCGUGAAGCUGCAGGAGACCGUGGAGCCGAAGGGUCCCGGGGGAAGGGGCGCGCAGCAGAGGCGGAUCCCUGGCUUGCUCUGCAGGCGGCAUCUCCGCUGGGACCAGGAGAGGCGCGGCGGUGGCGGUGGUGUUGGCGUACGGAUGGGAGGCGGCGCGGCCCAUGGGCUAUUUCGAGCUGCGUCUGAGCGCGCUGCGGAACGCGAACGGGGAGCUGCUGAGCGGCGCCUGCUGUGACGGAGACGGCCGGACUGCGCGCGCGGGGGGCUGCGGCCGCGACGAGUGCGACACGUAUGUGCGCGUGUGCCUCAAGGAAUACCAGGCCAAGGUGACGCCCACGGGGCCCUGCAGCUACGGCCACGGCACCACGCCGGUGCUGGGCGGCAACUCCUUCUACCUGCCGCCGGCGGGCGCUGCGGGGGACCGAGCGCGCGCACGGGCGCGGGCCCGCGCUGACCACGACCCAGGCCUCGUCGUCAUUCCCUUCCAGUUUGCCUGGCCGCGUUCCUUCACCCUCAUCGUGGAGGCCUGGGACUGGGACAAUGAGACCACCCUGGAUGAGGACCUGCUGAUUGAACGGGUGUCACACGCGGGCAUGAUCAACCCUGAGGAUCGCUGGAAGAGCCUGCAUUUCAGUGGCCACGUGGCCUACCUGGAACUGCAGAUCCGUGUGCGCUGCGAUGAAAACUACUACAGCGCCACAUGCAACAAGUUCUGCCGGCCCCGUGACGACUUUUUCGGGCACUACACCUGUGACCAGUAUGGCAACAAGGCUUGCCUGGAUGGUUGGAUGGGCAAGGAGUGCAAGGAUGCUGUGUGCAGACAAGGUUGCAACUUGCUCCAUGGGGGAUGUGCCGUGCCCGGAGAGUGCAGGUGCAGCUAUGGCUGGCAGGGGAGGUUCUGUGACGAGUGUGUCCCGUACCCUGGCUGCGUGCAUGGCAGCUGUGUGGAGCCCUGGCAUUGCGACUGUGAGACCAACUGGGGUGGCCUGCUGUGUGACAAAGACUUGAAUUACUGUGGCAGCCACCGCCCCUGCGUCAAUGGGGGCACGUGCAUCAACGUUGAGCCUGAUCAGUACCGCUGCGCCUGCCCUGACGGCUACUCGGGCAAGAACUGUGAGCGGGCUGAACAUGCCUGUGCUUCCAACCCGUGUGCCAAUGGGGGCUCCUGCCAUGAGGUGCCGUCUGGCUUUGAAUGCCACUGUCCGUCGGGCUGGAGUGGACCUACCUGUGCACUUGACAUUGAUGAGUGCGCCUCGAACCCAUGUGCAGCGGGUGGCACCUGUGUGGACCAGGUGGAUGGAUUUGAGUGCAUCUGCCCCAAGCAGUGGGUGGGGGCUACGUGUCAGCUGGACGCCAAUGAGUGUGAUGGGAAGCCGUGCCUUAAUGCUUUUUCUUGCAAAAACCUGAUUGGCGGCUAUUACUGUGAUUGUCUCCCGGGCUGGAAGGGCGCCAACUGCCACAUCAAUGUCAAUGACUGUCGUGGGCAGUGUCAACAUGGUGGCACCUGCAAGGACCUGGUCAACGGGUACCAGUGUGUAUGCCCGCGGGGCUUUGGAGGCCGGCACUGCGAGCUAGUACGUGGGGAGUGUGCCAGUAGCCCCUGCCGUGGGGGUGGCAUCUGUGAGGACCUGGCUGAUGGCUUCCACUGCCACUGCCCCAAGGGCCUUUCGGGGCUACUCUGCGAGGUGGCCGUGGAUUUCUGCGAGCCGAGCCCCUGUCUAAAUGGUGCAAGCUGCUAUAACCUGGAGGGUGACUACUACUGUGCCUGCCCCGAGGACUUCAGUGGCAAAAACUGCUCUGUGCCCAGAGUGCCGUGCCCUGGCGGAGCCUGCAGAGUGAUUGACAGCUGCGGGUUUGAGGUGGGGCCCAGGGGCCCUGGCAUGGUGCCCUCCGGUGUGUGCGGCCCCCACGGGCACUGUGUCAGCCAGCCUGGGGGCAACUUUUCCUGUGUCUGCGACAGUGGCUUCACAGGCACCUACUGCCAUGAGAACAUUGAUGACUGCCUGGGCCAGCCCUGCCACAAUGGGGGCACCUGCAUUGAUGAGGUGGGCACCUUCCGCUGCUUCUGCCCCAGCGGCUGGGAGGGUGAGCUCUGCGACACUGAUUCCAACGACUGCCUCCCCGACCCCUGCCACAGCCGCGGUCACUGCCAUGACCUGGUGAACGACUUCUACUGUGCAUGCAAUGACGGCUGGAAGGGCAAGACCUGCCACUCACGUGAGUUCCAGUGUGAUGCCUACACCUGCAGUAACGGAGGGACCUGCUAUGACAGUGGAGACACGUUCCGAUGUGCUUGCCUGCCUGGCUGGAAGGGUAGCACCUGCACCAUCGCUGAGAACAGCAGCUGCCUGCCCAACCCCUGCAUGAAUGGUGGUACCUGCGUGGGCAGUGGUGACUCCUUCUCCUGCAUCUGCCGGGAUGGCUGGGAGGGCCGCACCUGCACGCACAACACAAAUGACUGCAACCCUCUGCCCUGCUACAAUGGUGGCAUCUGUGUGGAUGGCGUGAACUGGUUCCGCUGCGAAUGCGCCCCUGGCUUUGCAGGGCCCGACUGCCGCAUCAACAUUGAUGAGUGCCAGUCUUCACCAUGCGCCUAUGGGGCCACAUGUGUGGACGAGAUCGAUGGUUACCGUUGCAGCUGCCCACCCGGCCGAACUGGCCCCCGCUGCCAGGACGUGAUCUGGUUUGGGAGAUCCUGCUGGUCCCGGGGGAUGUCAUUCCCGCAUGGCAGCUCCUGGGUAGAGGACUGCAACAGCUGCCGUUGUCUGGACGGCCACCGGGACUGCAGCAAGGUGUGGUGUGGCUGGAAGCCCUGUCUGCUGUCUGGCCAGUCUGCCGGCCUCAGCACCCAGUGCCCACCAGGGCAGCAGUGCCAGGAGAAGGCUCCAGGCCAGUGUUUGCAGCCGCCCUGCGAGGCCUGGGGCGAGUGUGGUGCUGAGGAACCCCUGAUGCCCAGCACCCCCUGCCAGCCUCACUCCAGCCACCUGGACAACAACUGUGCACGCCUUACUCUGCGCUUUGACCGUGACCAAGUGCCCCAGGGUACCACUGUGGGUGCCAUCUGCUCUGGGAUCCGCUCCCUGCCUGCCACAAGGGCUGUGGCCCGAGAGCAUCUGCUGCUGCUGCUCUGUGACCGGGCACCCUCAGGGGCCAGCACCGUGGAGGUGGCUGUGUCCUUCAGCCCUUCGAGGGACCUGCCUGACAGCAGCCUGAUCCAGAGUGCAGCCCACGCUAUUGUGACUGCCAUCACGCAGCGAGGGAACAGCUCGCUGCUGCUGGCCAUCACCGAGGUCAAGGUGGAGACCGUGGUCAUGGGCAGCUCUUCCACAGGCUUGCUGGUGCCAGUGCUGUGUGGUCUGUUCAGCGUGCUGUGGUUGGCCUGCGUGGUCAUCUGUGUGUGGUGGACCCGGAAGCGCAGGAAAGAGCGGGAGAGGAGCCGCCUGCCACGAGAUGAGAGCACCAACAACCAGUGGGCCCCGCUCAACCCCAUCCGCAACCCCAUUGAGCGGCUGGGCAGCAGUGGGCCGAGUGGCGGGGCCCACAAGGAUGUGCUGUACCAGUGCAAGAACUUCACACUGCCACCACGCAGGGCUGGCGAGGUGCUGCCCGGGCCAGCGAGCCCUGGGGAUGGCAGAGAGGACGAGGAGGAUGAGUCCAGCCGAGCGGAGGAGGACUCCCCAGAGGCGGAGAAGUUCCUCUCACACAAAUUCACCAAAGACCCCAGCUGCUCGCCGGGGAGGCCAGCCCACUGGGCCUUGGGCCCCAAAGUGGACAACCGUGCAGUCAGGAGUGUCAAGGACGUGCACUACGCUGGCAAGGAGUAGGGCCACAGCCGCCCUGCUGCCACCGCCUCGCCACACCACACUGCCUGCUACGCCGUGGGGGGCUGAGACUGUGUGCAUAGUUUCUUUAUUUUGUGUAAAAAAAAUCAAAAGCAAAAAACAAAUGUUUAUUUUCUAUGUUUCUUUAGCCUCGUAUAAAUUAUUCAAUAACUGUUAGGCAGCGAACAACGGCGUAUUCUGGAAUAGUUGCUAUUUUUGUAAAGUUUGCGUGUCACACAUGUUGUGUGGCGGGCAAGAACGGAGUGUUUUGUGUUCUCACCAAAUUGUGUGGCCUUUGUUUCCAGAGGUCGUGCACUGUUUACAGAAUCUUCUUUUUUUAUUCCUCACUUUGGUUUCUCUGUGGCUCCAGGCCAAAGAGCCCAUGAGACCUGUGGCUAUUGGUGUGGCCCGGGGCCCUGAGUGGGACCUGUGGCUGGCAGGGGACCCAUGGCCAGCAGAGAGGCCUGGGUCUGUCAGUGGGACCCAUGGCUGUCAGUGGGACCUGCAAUUGUCAGCCUACUUUGGCUGUCUGGACCUGUGGCCGAUGGUGUGGCUGCCUCUGUAGUUGACAGUGUGGCCCACGGCUGUUGUGGGACCUGUGGCUGUCGGAGUGGCCUGUGGCUGUCGCUGGGGCCCGUGGCUGGAGGUGGGACCUCCGUGGUCAGUGUGGCCUGAGGUUGUGUCAGCCCAGCCUGCCGUCCGUGCUUCUCCUGCCCAGACCUCUCCAAAGACCUCUCAGCUCUGCUUCCAGAAGUGCCCUUCCCCACCACGCGUCCCCCCCUGGGACGUGGCAGAACCGAAGCUUGUGACAAGUGCCUUCACACAGACCCCUUGCAGCUGUCAGCAUUCGCCGUGGGCACCAGGCUCUGCCCCUGCCAACCCUGGCUGCCCCUAGUGAAAGUGCAUUUCUGUACAUAUGUACAUAUUAAAUGAAUCACUCUGUAUAUUUGAUUUAAUAACUUAAAUGUUUUGGUCUCCCUGUU